CGCGUGCGCCGAACGUAGUCGUGGAGGUGGCGGAUCGAGGAGGAGUUAGCGCGGCCUCGAGCUCUGGUGUCUCCCAGUCUGCUAAAGCCCUAAGGCCAUCACCAUGGACUUCCAGCAUCGCCCUGGGGGCAAGACCGGGAGCGGGGGCGUGGCCUCCUCCUCCGAGAGCAACCGUGACCGCAGGGAGCGCCUCCGGCAGCUGGCCCUGGAGACCAUCGACAUCAACAAGGACCCAUACUUCAUGAAGAACCACCUGGGCUCCUAUGAAUGCAAGCUCUGCCUGACGCUUCACAACAAUGAGGGGAGCUACCUGGCACAUACCCAGGGGAAGAAGCACCAGACCAACCUGGCCCGGCGAGCAGCCAAGGAGGCCAAGGAGGCCCCUGCCCAGCCCGCGCCUGAGAAGGUCAAGGUGGAGGUGAAGAAGUUUGUGAAGAUCGGCCGCCCAGGCUACAAAGGUGAGUCUGCCCGGAGCAGGGCCGGCCACAGCCGCUGCUGCCGCGUGAAUGGGUUCUUCGGGCUGCAGUGCAGGAGGCGCAGCCCUGAUACCCUCAUUCCUGAGCCACGGUUUUCUGCCUUGGCGGCUGUCCCUCACCCACUUGCAGCCUCUGGCGUUGUGUCUGGGAGCUGUCAGGCUGGGCCCGAUAAGCACCCGUCUCACCCAGUGGCCCGUUUCCCAGCUGAGCCACAGUCUCUGCCCUCCCGUCUGGGUGUUGUGGAAGCUUCUGGGAAUUCUUGCCAAGCAAAAGAGUGGAAGUGGAGGUGUGCUGAGCCCUGGCACAUCCCACGGUUAACCUUGAAGCCUUUGAUGGAGGACAGGGAGAAGCGGCUGUUAGAGGCGGCUCCUCCCGGACCCUCAGCAGUGGGAAUGGCUAGAGGUGACCUGGUUCAGAAAGCCGGGGAAGCGACCAGGGUGGAAGAUAAGAGACUUCUGUCCAUAGGGGUCAGGAAGGCAGGCACGCUACCCAGCAAGUGUUCUUUACAGAAGGUGGGGACAGCCUGUGUGCCUGGCCUCCAGACAGAAGCCUGCAGGGCAGAGGUCCCGGGGCAGGUGCACCGGGUGGGCGAGGGCGGCUAGAGCGGCAGGCUUCUGGUGGGGAGGCCCUGACAGGUCCUGGGCUUGGGCUUAGGACAGUGAGGCGGCAGAGGGCUUGUGAGUGUGCGUGCCUGAGGCUGCGUGGAGAGUGGCCGUGCGGCAGGCAGCCCAGCAGCCAUUCUCGGGGUCCAGGCUGCUGAGCUCUGGUGGGAAGGGCAUCCUCUCUCACUCACCGUAUACAUGGUGUCGGCCCCGUUCGAGCGGCCCCACUCGAAUCCCAGAGCCAGGGUGCCAAGGGCCCCUCCCUACCCAGUGGCCUCGACUCCUGCUGGGUGAUAUCCCAGCACCCCUGGUGACGGGCUCUGGG